AUGUUGGGGUUUGAAUUCUUUAUUAUAUUGAUAAACUUUAAACUCUUUAUUAAUUAAGUAGACAAUAAAUCUCUAGCAAAUUCAAGAAUUAAUGACCUUAAAAAUGGAAAUCCUAAUGUCUUUAUUAUUAAUUAUUAAUUCAAUCAUCUUUUAAUUUAAUAAGCAAUAUACAGCUAUUCACUAUAUACAAGCUUUAAUUAAAACUCUAUAUACUUUUCUAUUUUUGAUAUUUAUUAAUAAAAUUUAUAAAUGAGUACACCUGAUAAAUCACCUUUGUUCAAAAUUAUCAUUAUUGGAGAUGCAGGUAAAGAUCACUAAUCAACUAUUCUAAGGUGUUGGAAAGUCAUGUCUAUUGAUGAGAUAUGUGAAGAAUGAUUUUACAAAUGAAUACAAUGUGACGAUUGGAGUAGAAUUCCUAUCUAAAAUUGUAAAAAUUGAUGAAAAUACAAACGUAAAACUGUAAAUUUGGGAUACUGCUGGUUAAGAGUCUUUUCGAUCAGUAGUCAGAUCAUUUUAUAGAAAGGUUGCUGCUGUUUUCUUAGUCUAUAGUGUCGCUAAGUAAUAUAUACAUUUUGAAUUCUAUAGUAAACAAUCCCUUGAAAGACUCAAUUCAUGGUUAAAAGAAGUAAGGGAUCAUUCCUCACCAUCUAUUAUUACUGUUUUAGUAGGCGCUUAAAAUGAUAGAGAAUCUGAGUAUUUUUAUUCUUAUUAGCUAUAGACGAGAAGUAUCUUAUGAAGAAGGUAAAUACUGGAUGGAAACAAAUGGCCUUGCUCUUUUUUUUGAAACAUCCUCCAAAACAAGGGAAAAUGUGGAUGAGGUAUAAAAUACAAAUAUUUUUAGGCAUUUGCUGAAACAGCUAAAUUAGUUUUCUUGAAUCAUAUUAAUGGAAGUGUCAACAAUGAAGCUAAGUUACCUGCUCUCAAUUAAGCUGAUUUAAGCGUAAAGAAGCUUCAUCAACCUUAAGAAAAAUCUGAUAAAAAAAAUGAUGAAAUCAAAAGUUGCUGUUGAUGUAUAUAAUAAUAUUAAUC